CUGCCGAGCCGCCGCUGGCGCUGGAAGAUGUCCGCCGGGGACCGGCGCUGCGCGCCGGACUUCGUUUUCCGCUCCCUGCCCCAGAAAGUUUUCCCCUGCCUGGAGGACAGGGACAUCGGGGCGCGACUUCUCAAAUGGUCCAUGCAAGGCAGGAUCACAGCCCAAGCGUUCAGUUUUGACCAGCAGUUUAAGCCCUAUCAAAAGGAUGAAUUUUUUAUGGCAUUUUUUAAUGAUCAAAAUGUGAGCUCCAGUUUAAAGUUGCUCUCAGCUUCAGGACAAUGGAUUACACUGGGUUCGAAAGUGACAAAAAUUGAAGCUACAGUGGUGCCCUGUACACAGAUUUCCAUGUCAUUUUUUGAUUGGCUAUACUCAGAAGGAGUUGUUAGAGAAACUGGCGAUAUUGUGAAAUGUUAUGAUGAUUAUUACGAUGAUAUUCUCAUCUCUGAUGAAUUAAGGAAGGUCUUGCUUCUGGAAGAUUCAGACCAUUAUGACUUAUUCAGUCAAUCGGAUCGUGAGGAAUUUCUGUUCUGUCUUUUUAAACAUCUUUGCAUUGGAGGAACUCUUUGCCAGUUUGAAGAUGUAGUUGAUCCAUACUUACAAACUACAAAAGCUUUAUAUAAAGACUUGGUGAGCGUUCAAAAGAAUCCUGAAACAAAAGAAAUACAUAUUAUUUCUACAGUCUUCAGAGUGUCUGCGUAUGGUAAUAAUGGCCUGUGUUACCCCUCAAGCCACAGCCACCCGCAGACGUUUGCCUACUUGAUUGUGGAUCCCUGCAAGCGACACGUGCAUACUUUGUACCACUGUUUUGGUGGAAGCUUAUUUAAUAACUAGUUAUAAAACCAGCUGUUCUCCACUUUUAUAAUGGAGGUGGCCGCCUCUCUGCAUGAAUUCAGGUAGACAUUGCCUAGUUUUCUUACGAGGAAGGAUGUGCUCCUUGGUGAUAUGCUCUGCAGAGCUACGUCACGCAGAUGCUACUAUGCAGUUAGCAACAAUUUUUGCUGUGUUUAAAAGGCGUGCUUCUCGAAGCUGUUUUCUUGGCAGUUUUGUCCCCCUCACCCGUUUUAUCUAAUAAAAUGCGUUUAUCAAAGCGUCUCGUCCCUUCUUCCUGAGCCAGCCCUUCAGAGCCACAACGCGUAAAUGCCGGGGGAAGCUCCACAGUCAGUGAAACCUCUGCUGGACCGGGAGAAGGUGCGUCA